AUGAAGUCCACAGGACUUUGUCACACCGAUAUCUUCAUGAGUACAGGUGACCAGAACGGAGGUCCUAAGAUCUUGGGCCACGAAGGAACUGGUAUUGUCCUUAAGAUUGGAUCUAAGGUAACCAAUGUUUCUGUUGGAGAUCCAGUCAUUCUUUCGUUCACUUACUGUGACAAAUGUCCACCUUGCAAGUCUGGUGUUCCAGGUUACUGUUACGAAUUCCCACAGGGUAACUUGGUCAAUAAUGACCUUGAAGACACUUUUGUAUUGGACAACCAAAAGAUUGAAGCUAAAUUCUUCGGUCAAUCUUCUUUCUCCAAGGUUGGGGUUGUCAACGAAGCCAGUGUGAUAGGCGUCAAGGAUUUGAACGUCGAUCCUGAGACUUUGAAGAGAUUUGGACCAUUGGGAUGUGGCUUCCUCACUGGAGCUGGUGCCAUUUACAAUGCUGGUGAAGCCAAGAAAGGUGAAAGUUGUGUAAUCUACGGUCUCGGUGGAGUUGGUUUUGCAGGCAUGAUGGCUGCGAAAAUCGCUGGUUGUAAUCCUAUCAUUGGUGUGGAUAUUAAUCAGAACAAAUUGGAUUUGGCCAAAAAGUUUGGUGCUACUCACACCAUUCUUGGAGGUGACGAUGACGAAGUCCAUAAGAAGAUUGUUGAGAUCACUGGCUAUGGCGCAGAUCUUUCUUUGGAAUGUAUUGGUGGCUCCAGGUUCAUCAACAAUGCCAUUAACAAUGCUUCGCACUGUGGAAAAAUCGUCUACGUCGGAUUGGGCAGUUUUACUGAUGUUCUUUCGCUUCCUACUUUCCCAUUUAUGAUGGGAGGUAAGAAGUUGAUUGGCUGUACCGAAGGUAAUGCCAUUCCUAGAGAGUUCAUUCCUAAGAUGAUCGAAUGGCAUUCCAAGGGCCAAUUCCCAAUCGAAGAAUUACAGAAGGUUUACAAGGUUGAAGAUUUCGCUCAAGCUUUGGCUGACAUGAAGGCAGGUACUGUUGUGAAGCCAAUAUUAGUGUACUAA